AUAUCGCUUUUACAGGAAAUGGGGAUGUAGCUCAGUGGUAGAGCGCAUGCUUCGCAUGUAUGAGGCCCCGGGUUCAAUCCCCGGCAUCUCCACAGUUUUUUUUAAAAACUGAAAAUGUAACCUUACGUCUAUUGUCUACACAAUUAAUUAUUGAUUACAACACCAAGUGAUAAUUCGGAGCUAAAGUCAUUCUACCACAUAAAAACAUUUAAUAAUGUAAUUUAUUUAUGACGUUUUAAUUAGAUCUAGUGCUGCUUGCAAAAUGUGCCUCCUUGUCCGCUCAGUCAUGGGCGGAGUAUUGGGCCUUGUUUCUGGAAUUUGAUUGGCUACAUUACCUCUUGCUGAUAGAUAGGGCUGGUUGAAAUUACUGGGUGAAAUGCUUGUCAACGCACUCAUGGCAACAUUUUGUAAAAAAAAUAUUUUUGACCGGGGAUGGCCCACGGAAUUAUUUCUAGUUGUUCCUCGCGUUUAAAUGCAACCCACUCAUAAAACCAAGACACAUCAUGGACCAAUUGCACGACAUGGCUAUGCAGGCUUUCGCGGAGAUUCAAACAAAUAGCCUAAACACAUUGUCUCGCAACAACAGCCUUGGAUUUGCACUACUAUAGGCAAUACUUUCUAACAUAACGAGAUGGAUAGUAGCUAAACCAAGAAAACCCUAGCCUACACUGGAUUGGCUUUGAUUGGAGGUAACGUUAGCCUACGGAAGGCGAACUAAAAGUAUCCGGCAUUGGCGUAGGAUGUUACUAGCGUCGGCCGUGGUGGUAUGGGAAUGGCUGAACGAGCACGGGCGCUGGCGGCCUUACAGCCCGGCCGUCUCUCACCACAUCGAGGCAGUCAUCCGCAACGACCCACGGGGUGGUAGUGUUGUCUUAGGCCAGGUGGACUCUCGCCUCUCGCCCUACAUCAUCGACUUGCAUUCCAUGCACCAGUUCCGACAAGAUACAGUUCUGUGGCGUGACCCUCGUCUCUCUACCGUUACCCCAGGUACCCUCCGACCGGUGCGUCGCAGCUUCUACGACCCCACGUCGGCGCCGGGCCAGGGCUGGCUGUGGGAGUGGGAGAACGACACAGGCUCGUGGACAGCCUACGACACAGAGGUGGGCAUCGCCAUCCAGGCAGCACGCGACCGUCAGCAGCCCUGGCUGGACCUGGCGCCACUGGGCUUCUGCUACCUCAUCGACUUUCAGAGCAUGACCCAGAUCAACGGGCAGACGCAGCGCUGCCGCCGCAUCCAGCGCCGCUCCGACCUGGCUUACCCUCUGGUGUCGGGGCCCCUUCCCAAGACACACCACGCCUGGGGACCCAGCCCUGGAGGACUGCCGGGGGUGGGGGUUUCCGGAGUGGGCAUGGGGAACGGGAAYGGUAGCGCCUACCCCAGCGGCGCCCUGCCGGCCUCUGCCAUCACAUCGCUGGGCCAGCCCUGUGCCUGUCAGCAAUGCAUGCUGGUCCUGAGCGUCAAGGCAGGCGCCAUGGCGACAGCUCACACCCUGGGCAGGAGGCCGCCUCAGAACAAGCCGCCCAGCCCCAAACUAGGUGGUGGUUACUCGGCCAUGGGGGGGUCUUACUCGCUGACUCUCCCCCGCCCCCCCUCCUCCAUGGCCAGGUCCUUGUCCCCCCACAGGACGUCCGCGGGCGGGGCUAGCGGUGGUGUAGGGGUCGGCGGCGGCUUCGCCCACUCGCUCUCCCUCCUGGGUUCGGCCACCGCCGCACUCUCCCUCACCUCUACCCGGCCCCCUCCCCCGCCUCUACCUCCCCUUCCGCCUCCUCCACCGCCUCCGCCCUCCUCCAUCGCGUCCGGUGUCAUUUUUCCUCCCUCCUCUUCCUUCUCCAUGGCGUCCUCCGGCCCACCGUCGAUGCCCGCGCCGGCCCCUCUUCUCAUCUCCACGGCAGCCUCCUCCUGCACCCCCUCACCCUCCGCCCGUGUCCUGGGGCCCGUGUCUUCAGCAGCGGCAGCCUGUGCAGCCCCCCUGCCACCUCGUGCCAGCCUUGCCGGGCUCAGCCGACCCGCCCUGCAGCGCAUCGCCAUGGCCCAGUCCAGAGCCCUCAUCGCCUCCGGUGUCCCAACGGUUCCUGUGAAGAACCUCAAUGGAUCUAGCCCUGUCCACCCUGCGUUGGCAGGUAUUACAGGGAUCCUGAUGAGCGCCGCAGGACUUCCUGUCUGUCUGACCCGCCCUCCCAAGCUGGUGCUCCACCCCCCGCCCGUUAGCAAGAGUGACAUAAAGCCCGUCCCCGGCCUCGGCCACUGCUGCCGCAAGACCACCAAGAAGCAGGCUCGCAAAGGCAAGACCCCUGAGGAAGUAGUGAAGAGGUACCUUCAGAAGGUCCGCAACCCCCCAGAGGAGGACUGCACUAUCUGCAUGGAGGCCCUGGCUGGGCCCUCGGGAUACAAGGGCCCCGGAGUUGGGGGAAUCCAGCGGGCAGAGUCGGUUGGUCGCCUGGCUCAGUGUGGGCACCAGUACCACCUGCAGUGCUUGGUGGCCAUGUACAACAACGGCAACAAGGACGGCAGCCUACAGUGCCCUACCUGCAAGACCAUCUACGGCGUGAAGACGGGCAACCAGCCGCCCGGGAAGAUGGAGUACCACGUCAUCCCCCACUCGCUGCCCGGCCACCCUGACUGCAAGACCAUCCGCAUCAUCUACAACAUCCCCCCCGGCAUCCAGGGGCCUGAGCACCCGAACCCGGGCAAGCCAUUCACCGCCCGGGGAUUCCCCCGACACUGCUACCUCCCUGAUAGCGAGAAGGGACGCAAGGUACUGAAGCUGCUGCUGGUGGCGUGGGACCGCCGGCUCAUCUUCUCGGUGGGCACGUCCAGCACCACGGGCGAGUCGGACACGGUCAUCUGGAACGAAGUGCACCACAAGACUGAGUUUGGCUCCAACCUAACAGGCCAUGGCUACCCCGACCCAGGCCACCUGGACAACGUUCUGGAGGAGCUUAAGGCCCAGGGGAUCACAGAGGAGGAGUGCCUACCCAGAGACUGAGCUAAAGACGGGUCAAUGGGGAAACAGCAACACAGAGACUUGUUCUGACUCUGGAGACUUGAGACCGAGCUUAAACAAUGAACAUACAGACUCAGUGAGACACAAUGGAACGGAGAUGAGAAGAAAUAGACAAAUGAAUAUGUAAAAAAAAAAAAAAAAAAGAGAGAGAAAUACAGAAAUUAACACACAGCGCAACUGUGACAGCAACAGAAACCGAAUGCCUGAAAGACUGCAUACGAGAAGAAAUGACUGAACGGGUGAAAAGAUGAGCCAAGAAAAAGAACCAACGGCACAUUAAACAAAUAGAGAAACAGACAAAUCGACUGUCUGACUGUAGUUUCUAGCGACACUGACUGAGGUACAACAUCAUACACCCUCUGAACAGGUGGGCUGUGGCUCGGCUGCAUGGGUCGGGUGUAUGAUGGAAUGUUUUAGUUUAUUUCUGCUACACUAAUGGUGGCGUCACAAAAUGUCAUUCAGUGAGACGUUUGAGGCAACAGUGCGCAUACAAUUCAGUGUUGGACAGAAGCUGUUGUUUACACUGUGAGAGUUUGACAAGAAUGUACGGAAUCUGUAUUGGUCCAAUUGAAUUCAAUGGUGAACCAAGUUACCAGAGCUGCUGUAAGUGGUAGAAUGAGCACUAAAAAUGGGUAUUAGUGGGGUUAUGAUAGAUAGGCUAACGAAUGGUAGAGGGCAAAAAAGUAUUAGACCACUGGCAGCAGAGUAACAAAUCUCUCAUUACAGAAAACGUUAACGAGAACGUUCAAAAAUAUUUCAUGUUUAUGACUGGAUGUGUGAGCAUGAAUGUGAAAUGCCCUCUAGUGGUACUUAUCGAAAAAUACAUUCCCUUUGCCUCUAUAGGGUUUCUUCUGUAUUUUAUGAAUUGCUGUAUCAUUUUGAAAAUGCAUUGUUGUACAUUUUAAAUAGUUGUUAUAUAUUGGCUCGGUYGAGUUUAUAUCAUUUUUACAUUCCAUUUUGUUUUUACCUGGUUAACGUUGUAUGUUGUCUGUUUGAUUGCUAUAGCAUUAUUUUCUAUAUGUGACAUUGUAAGGAAAUGAGUCAAGCUUGAGUCUUCCUCGAGAGGGCUCCUAAAUAUUACAAGCCUCUGUGGGUGUGUGUUAAUAUCUGAGUUUUUACCUCGGACGAUUUAAGACUCAUCCGUUGCCAGGCACUUUCAGUAUUAAUGAUUUGGGAACCCUCUCGAUGGGGUGGGUGAGCCUAAAAGCACAAAAGGAGAGUCCUUUUCAAACCAUGUGUGCAUCUCAAUAGUCUUACAUAGCUUCCUCUCCAAAUCUUUCACGCCAAUGCAGAUGAAUGAACAGAGAUGGGGGGUGGGAAGGGCACUAGACUUUUGAGAUGCACCCCAGAAGGAAUUAAAUCAGAUAUAAAGCUAUAUUUGGAUCUGCCACCAGAGGUCAGAUUUGCACUGCACAGAGCAUCAUCUUUCCUUAUUCCUUUAGUCAAAAGGAAACAUGGAAAGUUAGGCAUGACCUUAAGAAGUUAUAUCUAACAGUUAAAACUACUUAGGGUUUAAUUUUCUUUCUUUUAGACACCAGCUUCAUUCGUCUCCGAGAAAAGCGAACCUUCUGUUGUUUUUGCUGUAAGGAGGUAGAAAGAUUUGCUCUGUCGUCGAUCUAACCUGUGGUCAAACGGUCCAGUCGGUUUGUGUUAGGUCCAUGACGGACCUGCUUAUAAAGCGGUACUAUUGACAAUAUGUUUGAGUAUGUGUUAACAUGCAAAUGUUAGGCCAACAUUUAUAGUUUCUGUUUUUUCUGUAUGUAUGUGUGUGUUUAUGUAUACAACUUUACAUUAAACAUUUUGUAAAGGUACGGUUAUAACGUAACUCUAUACUUAAUUAAUUUUAUUUAUUGUGCUCUAUUUUUUAUACUUUUUAUCGAAUUGUUUUUUUUGUAAGUUGCAUAUCAAAACCACAUUUUUUUUUUUUAACUUUAUUGUUUAGCCACAUUUUACAGCUGUGUGACUACAUGAAGUCUACAUAUCCAUCACAUGACUGCUGUAUUGUACUUUCUGGGUAAGGGUACUGCAUUUGCCACAUGUUAUGUGACCCUGUAUCCCCCCCUCCCCAAAAUACCAGCAACUGGUUUGGAUGUCUUAUGCAGGACUUUAUGUAGUCAUGUUUUAUGUCUAUUCACUUCUUGCACUGCUCAGUUUGGCACAUGUCAUUUUCUUUCCCAGGCACAGUUUGACUACAUGUCCGUCAAUGGGAAUAAAACAACGGUUGAAGGCUCAUGACCACUUUGUAAAAAAAACUGUUAAUAAAACCUUUGUAAAAGUUGUAAUGGAGAGAACGAAUGACGUUGAGAACUAUGAUGGCAGAGAAAGUAGUAACGUAUAAAACUACAAAAGACUUGCAUUUAAAGUAACAGUGGGUCAAUUAAAAUAACAGUAUUAUGA